AUGCUUGCUGCAAGUCAAGGACAGUUGGAUGCCGUGGAUUUACUCACCAAAAAUGGAGCCUAUAUCGAUUGUAUUGAUUCGGAUGGUCGGACGGCAUUCCAGUUGGCGGCCAUCCAUGGACAUCUUCCUGUUGUGGAUAUUCUUCUGGCACUCGGAGCUGACGAAGCUCAUAAGGACAACGAUGGCGCCGUCGCGCUACAUUACGCGGUAGCUCACGGCGACGUCACCCUCUGCAAGGCUUUAGCCACUUCGGUUACGGUGCGUGCCACAGAUCGAGCCGGGAAUCAUCCGCUAAUCAACGCUUGUCAAGGCGACAACGAAGAGGUAGUCCAGGAGCUGAUAAACCUGGGUGCCGACGUGGAACAGCUAUCGUUGAACGGUCAGAGCGCAUUACGGGUAGCCGCGCUGUCCGGCAACACAAAGAUUGUUCGACUGCUGGCUGAACAUAUUACUGACUGGGAACAGCAGGAUAUGGAUGGAACUCCACUUGUACAUACACUACUAAUUAACAAGCAGACGGCUAUGGCAGAACUACUGCUGACCCUUGGAGCGUUCAUCUCAGCCAGAGACGCGCAUGGACGGACAUGUGCUCACGUGGUAUGCGCCAUAAACGACAUGUGUGGUGCUCGAAUGCUUCGUCGACUCGCGGCAUCGUUCGAAGCAGUGGAUUCUGGUGGUCGUACCCCGUUACUGACGGCCGUCUGGAAUUGCCAUCUGGAAAUGGCCGCCUAUCUUCUCGAAACUGUCGGCGUUAAUCCGAACGCCGUCGAUGAGCAGGGAGCUUCAGCCUUGUCGGUAGCUGCACAGCAGGGAAAUCGAGAACUGGUAGUGCUGCUACUGCGAAUGGGCGCUGAAACCGUCGUUGAAAGAUCUCGCAGGUCGAACGGCAUUGGACGUGGCCACUAUUCAGCAAGCGGCUCAGCUGACUCGUCGGGAUUUGGCAGUGUGCCGAAUUCGCCGUUGGAUUUCAGGUCGUUGGGCCGAAAGUCGCUGAGGAAAUCGCAAAAGCUGGCGGUCAACCAGUCCACGACUGCUUAA